CUUCACACGGUUGAAUAAAAUAUAUUAUGUAAAAUGUAACGGAGCUAAUUUUAUUUUAAAAAAUCAAUAUAUUUCUAUGGUUAUGCUCUUUUAACAUCGAGUCGCAGUCAUCUCAAUGUUAUUGAUCAGCCGGUGUUCGACUGAAGUUCAACUAACCGCAAAGUAGACGUCGUACGGCUAAAUACUACGAAUGCUAUUCAUGACGCGGAUUUCUCUUAUAGGAGUGUUAAUGCUUUUUUGUUUAGCGAGAAGCAUCCGCGGCCAAGUUUACCGAAAUAUGUCAAGCUUCGCCGGAGCCUCUUCUGUAGCGUACGUCACGGUACCGGAUGAUACAGUAGCGAAGAAAAUAGCGCGCGGUCUUGUUGAGAAUAAACUCGCCGCCUGCGUUAACAUCAUCCCACAACUUACCUCGAUAUAUGAGUGGAAGGGAGAAAUACAAGAGGAUUCUGAACUUCUAUUAAUGAUAAAAACUAGAACAGAGAAAAUAGAUGCUUUAACGAAAUAUGUAAAAGAGAAUCAUCCAUAUACAGUUUGUGAAGUGAUUUCCCUGCCUAUACAAAAUGGAAACGCUGAUUACAUUAAAUGGAUCAAUGAAGUAGUUCCACCACUUGAUACCCAGACUAAUUAAUACAAAUAAAUAAAAUUCAACUA